AUGGAAGGCUAUUUUAGUGGUAUGGGAAAAUUUGAAAUCACAACUAGAAAAAAUGGCGAGUUUCAAUUCAAUUUGAAAGCCGGCAACGGACAAGUAAUUCUAACCAGCGAAGGCUAUGCCACCAAAGCAGCUUGCUUGAAUGGCGUGGAAUCGGUGAAGAAAAAUGCUGCAGACGAUGGUCGUUUUGAGCGCAAGACUUCAGCCAACGGCAAAGCGUUCUUCAAUUUGAAGGCGGCUAACGGACAAAUCAUUGGCAGCAGCGAGAUGUACGAGACAGAAGCUUCGCGCGAUAAUGGUAUUGCAUCAGUGAUGAAAAACGCACCUGAAGCUACCGUAGAAGAUAACGCGUAA